UAGAUAAGUAUAGUUGACUGGAGUAUAAGCCAUUGAAGCAUCAAUUGAUCUCUUUGCCACAACCAUAAUCUAUUGAUUCUAUUCUUCGACCAAUUAACUGAAUCCAUGGCAUCUUCUUCAUCUUCUUCUGCUGCUGCUAGAUCGUCGCAGUUGACUCCAUGGAAGUACGAUGUCUUUGUAAGUUUUAGAGGUGCCGACACUCGGAGAACAUUUACAUGUCACUUGUAUGAAGAUUUGAAAAACAGGGGAAUAUUCACCUUUCAAGAUGAUAAAAGGCUAGAGAAUGGCGAUUCCAUCCCAGAAGAACUCUUGAAAGCUAUCGAAGAGUCUCAAGUUGCUCUUGUCAUUUUCUCAAAGAAUUAUGCUACAUCUAGGUGGUGCUUGAACGAACUAGUAAAGAUCAUGGAAUGCAAGGAAGAAAAAGGACUAAUAGUCAUACCGGUCUUCUAUGAUGUAUAUCCAUCAGAGGUUCGGAAGCAAACGAACAGCUUUGCAGAUGCCUUUACCGAACACGAAUCGGAGUAUGCGAAUGAUGUUGAAGGAAUGCAGAUGGUGAAAGGAUGGAGAACUGCCCUAAGUGCUGCCGCUGAUCUAAAAGGUUGUAAUGUUCAUGGCAGGAUUGAAUCAGAUUGUAUUGGGGAACUUGUUGACGAUGUUUCUUCCAAAUUGUGCAAGACUUCUUCAUCUUAUUUGCAAGAUAUUGUGGGAAUAGAUACUCAUUUGGAGAAAGUAAAAUCCCUGCUAGAGAUGGAAACUAAUGAUGUUCGGGUUUUGGGGAUCUGGGGAAUGGGGGGAGUUGGUAAAACGACUCUAGCAAGAGCUGUUUUUGAUACACUCUCACCUCAAUUUCAGGGUGCAAGUUUCCUUGCGGAUGUAAAAGCUAACAUAAAUGAAAUGCAUUCUCUACAAAAUAUCCUUCUCUCUGAACUGUUAAGGGAAGACAAAAAAUAUGUGAAUAAUAAGGCGGAAGGGAAGCGUCUGAUGGCUCAUAGACUUCGUUUUAUGAAGGUUUUAGUUGUGCUUGAUGACAUCAAUCAUCAUGAUCAUUUGGAGUAUUUAGCAGGGGAUCUUGGUUGGUUUGGCAAGGGAAGUAGAAUUAUUGCAACAACUAGAAACAAGCAAAUUAUAGGGAAGAAUAAUGUAGUAUAUGAAGUGACUACACUACCCGAACAUGAUGCUAUUCAGUUGUUCAAUCAUUAUGCUUUUAAGGACGAAGCUCCUGAUGAGCAUAUUAAGAAGUUGGCUCUAGAGGUAGUAAGUCAUGCUAAAGGCCUUCCUUUAGUCUUGAGAUUGUGGGGUAUUUGGUUACAUAAUCAAGAUAAAACUAUGUGGAGAGAAGUUGUAGACGUGAUAAAGAGAGAAUCUAGUCCAGAUAUUGUUAAAAACCUCCAAAUAAGUUUUGAAGAGUUGCAAGAUAACGAGAAAACGAUAUUUCUAGAUAUCGCAUGCUUCUUUAGAGGGAAGAGGAAAGAUGACAUCAUUAAAAUUCUUGAGAGCUAUGAUUUGUACGCCCGUAUCAUAUUGCAGGGUCUAAUUGAGAAAUCUCUUGUGUUUAUCACUAAAUAUGAUAUAAUUCAAAUGCAUGACUUAAUUCAAGACAUGGGUAGAUAUGUAGUGCAAAUGCAAAAAGUUUCCGGACAACCUAGCAGACUAUGGAACAUUGAAGAUUUUGAAGAUGUGGUCAACAAUACUGGGACAAAGAGAAUGGAAGCAAUCUGGUUUACUUAUUCUGAAAAACCAUUCUUUAGCAAAGAUCAGGCAAUGAAAAAUAUGCAAAGGCUUAGGAUAUUAUGCAUAUCUAAAGAAAACGAAGAUGAUUCAUCUGACUCCAAUAGCCAUGAUGGCUCCACUGAUGGCUCCACUGAUGACUCCACUGAUGUCUCCACUGAUGACUCCAUUGAGUACCUUUCCAACAACUUGUGUUGGUUUGUCUGGCAUGAAUAUCCUUGGAAGUUAUUGCCAACAAAUUUUAAUCCGAGAAGGCUUGUUCAUGUUGAUCUCCGAUGGAGUUCAUUGCAUUAUUUAUGGAAGGAAACAAAGGUAAAGCUGCCACAAUUUCCGUCUCUACAAAGGAUAGAUCUAAGUGGCUCUAAAAACCUGAAGAGAACACCAGAUUUCAAGGGGAUGCCAAAUUUGGAGUAUUUGAAUCUACAGGAAUGUACGAGUCUUGAAGAAGUUCAUCCUUCCCUCAAGGAUUGCAAAAAACUCAUUGAGUUAAAUUUGUAUUAUUGUGAAAGCCUUGAGAGGUUUCCAUAUGUUAAUGUGGAAUCUCUUGAAUCUUUGAAUCUUAGCAACUGCUAUAGUUUAAAGAAUUUUCCAGAAAUCCUUGGAAUAAUGAAGCAGGGAACUGCCAUAAAGAAUAAGAUGUCAUUCGUUCGGAUGGAAAACGUUGUAUCUCUUCCAAGCAGCAUUUGUAAGUUGAAAGGUUUGGUGAGUCUAGAUGUGUCAUACUGCUCAAAACUUAUAAGCUUGCCAGAAGAGAUAGGUGAUUUAGAAAACUUGGAGUAUCUUCAUGCCAGCUAUACUCUAAUCUCACGUCCUCCGUCUACCAUCGUCCAGUUGAAUAAGCUUAAAUCAUUGUUUUUUCAAAAAAAAAAAUCAGAAGAUGGAGUGUACUUUGAGUUCCCUCUGGUGAAUGAAGGGUUACUCUCAUUGAAAUAUCUGGAUCUCAGCUACUGCAAUAUAAUAGAUGGAGGACUUCCGGAAGACAUUGGAUCCUUAUCCUCUUUGAAAAUGUUGCAUCUCAAGGGAAACAAUUUUGAGCAUUUGCCUCAAAGCAUAUCCAAACUUGGUGCUCUUGAAUACUUGGACUUAUCACAUUGCAAGAGACUUGCACAGCUGCCAGAAUUUCCACAGCAAUUACACACAAUUUAUGCAGAUUGGAGCAAUGAUUCAUUUUGUAAUUCGUUGUUUCAGAAUAUCUCAUCAUUGCAGCAUGACAUCUCUGUUUCAGAUUCCGUGUCAUCACUAAGAGUGUUUAGGAGUUUGGUGGAGGAUAUCCCAAGUUGGUUCAACUAUCAGGAAAUGUGGCCAAGUGUAUUAGUCGAUCUGCCUGAGAAUUGGUAUGAAUCGGAUAAGUUCUUGGGGCUUGCUGUAUGUUAUUCUAGAGAAUCUUAUAUUGGUUACAUCACAACCAAUUUGAUUCCCUUAUCAUGUGAUGAUGGGAUGCCGUUGAUGACCCAGAAAUUUGCCUUAUCCAACAAUUCAGAAUUGGACGAUCCUGAUGCAUGUAAUAUUAAUUUUUUGUUGGUACCUCUUGAUGGCUUAUGGGAUGCAUCUAAUGCAAAUGGAAAAACACCAAAUGACUAUGGGUGCAUUGAGUUUGAUUUUAUUAGUGAUAUAGAUGAUGAUUUUGGAGAAACAGAUGAUGAUUCUGGAGAAACAGAUGAUGAUUCUGGAGAAAAGAUGAAAUUUGGAGUUCGUUUGUUGUAUAAAGAUGAAUCCGAGCCUUGCAUUGGGAUAAGGAAGAGCAGAGAUGAAGAAGAGGCCACUUGCUCCUCUUCUAAGAAACAAAGGCAACUCUUUCCCACAAGCCCCGGAUCUGCUGCUGGAUCGUCACAGUUGCCUCAAUGGAAGUACAAUGUCUUUCUAAGUUUUAGCGGUGAAGAUACCCACAGAACAUUUAGGAGUCACCUGUACCAAGGUUUGAGAAACAGGGGAAUAUUCACCUUUCAAGGUGAUAAAAGGCUAGAGCGUGGCGAUUCGAUCCAAGAACUCUUGAAAGCUAUCGAAGAGUCUCAAGUUGCCCUCAUCAUUUUCUCAAAGAAUUAUGCUGCAUCGAGGUGGUGCUUGAAUGAAUUAGUGAAGAUCAUGGAAUGGAAGGAAGAAAAUGGACAAACUGUCAUACCGGUGUUCUAUGAUGUGGAUCCAUCACAUGUUCAAAACCAAAGGGAGAGCUUUGCAGAGGCCUUUGCCAGAUACGAAUCAAAGUAUAAGGAUGAUGCUGAAGGAAUGCAGAAGGUGAAAGGAUGGAGGAAUGCCCUAACUGCUGCUGCAGAUCUAAGAGGAUUCGAUAUCCGUAACGGGAUUGAAUCUGAGAAUAUUCAGCAGAUCGUCGCCCACAUCUCUUCCAAAUUAGGCAAUAGUGCUUAUUCUUUAUCUUCUUUGAAAGAUGUUGUGGGAAUACAUGCUCAUUUAGAGAAACUAAAAUCCCGACUUGAAAUAGAAAUUGAUGAUGUUCGGAUCUUAGGGAUCUGGGGAACAGGUGGAAUUGGUAAAACGACAAUAGCAAAAGCCAUCUUUCAUACUCUAUCUUAUCAAUUUAAAGCUGCUUGUUUUCUCGAGGAUGUUAAAGACAAUGCCAAAAAGAAUCAACUGCAUUAUUUACAAAAUACUCUUCUCUCUGAACUGUUAGGAGAAACAGAUGAUUACGUCAAUAAUAAGAACGAUGGGAAGUGCAUGAUUCCGAGCAGACUUUCUUCUAUGAAGGUGCUAAUUGUGCUUGAUGACAUUGAUGAAAGAGAUCAUUUGGAGUAUUUAGCAGGUGAUGUUGGUUGGUUUGGUAGUGGCAGCAGAGUUGUUGUAACAACUAGAAAUAGAGCUUUGAUAAAGAAUGCUGAUGCAAUAUAUGAAGUGCCUACACUACCUGAUCUUGAAGCUUUGCAACUGUUCAAUCAGUAUGCUUUCAAAAAAGAAGUUCCAGAUGAGCGUUUUAAGAAAUUCUCGUUGGAGGUAGUAGAUCAUGCUAAAGGCCUUCCUUUAGCCCUCAAGGUGUGGGGUUCUUUGUUGCAUAGGAAAGACCUAAGUCAGUGGAGAAGAAUUAUAGACUAUAUAGAGAAAAACUAUAGUUCAGGGAUUGUUCAAAAACUCAAAAUUAGUUAUGAUGGGUUGGAUCCCUUAGAACAACAGAUAUUUCUAGAUAUAGCUUGUUUUUUCCGAGGAGAUGAAAAAAAGAAAGUCAUGCAAAUCCUUAAGAGCUGUGAUUUUGGAGCUGAGUAUGGAUUGGAUGUCCUAAUUGAAAAAUCUCUCGUGUUCUUAACUGAAGAUGAUACAAUUGAAAUGCAUGACUUAAUACAAGAUAUGGGUAAAUAUAUAGUGAAAAUUCAGAAGGAUGCGGGCAAAUGUAGCAGAACAUGGGACUAUGAAGAUUUUAAAGAAAUGAUGGACAGCAAUGAAGGAACCAAGGCAAUGGAAGCAAUCUGGUUUCAUUAUGAUGGGAAAAUAUGCUUUAGCAAAGAGGCCACGAAAAAUAUGGAAAUACUUAGGGUAUUAUACAUAUGGUCCCAAGAUUGCUCCCCUUGCCCUGAUGGCUCCAUUGAGUACCUGCCCAACAGCUUGCGUUGGUUUGUCUGGAAUCACUUUCCUUGGGAGUCAUUGCCAAAAAAUUUUGAACCCAAAAGGCUUGUUCAUCUUGAACUCCGCUUCAGCUCACUGCAUCAUUUAUGGACGGGAAUAAAGCAUUUGCCGUCUCUACGGAGGCUAGAUCUCAGCUACUCCAAAAACCUGAGGAAAACACCAGAUUUCACGGGGAUGCCUAAUUUGGAGUAUUUGAAUCUGGAGGAAUGUUCGAGUCUUCUAGAGGUUCACCAUUCCCUAGGUGGUUGCAGAAAACUCAUUAAAUUAAAUUUGCGAAGUUGUGGACACCUAAAGAGGUUUCUAUGUGUUAAUGGGGAAUCUAUUGAAUAUCUGCACCUAGGUGGUUGCUAUAGUUUAGAGAUAUUUCCAAGGAUCUGUGGGAGAAUGAUUCACGUGGAACGCUCUGGGAUAAGGGAAGUACCAUCAGCUAUUAUUCGGCCCCAAUCUAGUUCUACAGAGCUAGAUUUGAGUGACAUGAAAAACCUUGCAACACUUCCAUGCAACAUUUGCAAGUUGAAAGGUUUGGUGAAGCUAAAAGUGUCCUACUGCUCAAAGCUUGAAAGCUUGCCAAAAGAGAUAGGUGAUUUAGAAAACUUAGAGGAGCUUCAUGCCACAGGGACUCUAAUUUCACAACCUCCACCUUCCAUUGUCCGCUUGAACAAGCUUAAAUUCUUGACUUUUGCAAAUAAUCAAUUAGAAGAUGGAGUGUGCUUUGUGUUCCCUCAGGUGAAUGAAGGGUUACUUUCAUUGGAGAAACUGGAUCUCAGUUACUGCAAUUUAAAAGAUGGAGGACUUCCGGAAGACAUUGGAUCCUUAUCCUCUUUGAAAGAGUUGAAUCUCGAUGGAAAUAAUUUCGAGCAUUUGCCUCUAAGCAUAGCCCAACUUGGUGCUCUUCGAUCCUUGACCUUAUCACAUUGCAAGAGGCUUACACAGCUGCCAGAAUUUCCACAGCAAUUAGAUACAAUAAAUGCAGAUUGGAGCAAUGAUUCAAUCUGUAAUUCAUUGUUUCAGAAUAUCUCAUCAUUGCAGCAUGAUAUCUCUGCUUCAGAUUCCUUGUCACUAAGAGUGUUUACAAGUUGGGGGGAGAAUAUCCCAAGGUGGUUCCACCAUCAGGGAAUUAUGGAUACAAGUGUAUCAGUCAAUUUGCCUAAGAAUUGGUAUGUAUCGGAUAAGUUCUUGGGAUUUGCUGUAUGUUACUAUGACGAAUUAAUUGAUGACAUCACUGCUCAUUUGAUUCCCUUAUGUGAUGAUGGGAUGUCGUCGAUGACCCAGAAAUUUGCCUUAUCCAACCAUUCAGAAUAUCUUGAGAAAUAUGCUAUUCAUUUUUUGUUGGUACCUCUUGGUGGCUUAUGGGAUGCAUCUAAUGCAAAUGGAAAAACACCAAAUGACUAUGGGCUUAUUAGGCUAUCUUUUUCUGGAGAAAUGAAGGAGUUUGGAUUUCGUUUGUUGUAUAAAGACGAACCAAAGCUUGAGGGAUUGUUACAAAUAAGGGAAAACAAUGACUCCAUGGCAUCAUCUUCUUCUUCUGCUAAAUCGUCACAGUUGCCUCAACGGAAGUAUGAUGUCUUCCUAAAUUUUAGAGGUGAAGAUACCCGCACAACAUUUACGGGUCACUUGUACCAAGGUUUGAGAAACAGGGGAAUAUUCACCUUUCAAGGUGACAAAAGGCUAGAGCAUGACGAUUCUAUCCAAGAAGAACUCUUGAAAGCUAUAGAAGAGUCUCAAGUUGCUGUAAUCAUUUUCUCAAAAAAUUAUGCUACGUCGAGUUGGUGCUUGGAUGAACUAGUGAAGAUUAUGGAAUGCAAGGAGGAAGAAAAUGGACAAACAGUCAUACCGGUGUUCUAUGAUGUGGAUCCAUCACAUGUUCAAAACCAAAAGGAGAGCUUUGCAGAAGCCUUUGCCAAACACGAAUCAAAGUAUAAGGAUGAUGCUGAAGGAAUGCAGAAGGUUCAAGGAUGGAGGAAUGCCCUAACUGCUGCUGCAGAUCUAAAAGGAUUCGAUAUCCGUAACGGGAUUAAAUAUGAGAAUAUUCAGCAGAUCGUCGCCCACAUCUCUUCCAAAUUAGGCAAUAGUGCUUAUUCUUUAUCUUCUUUGAAAGAUGUUGUGGGAAUACAUGCUCAUUUAGAGAAACUAAAAUCCCGACUUGAAAUAGAAAUUGAUGAUGUUCGGAUCUUAGGGAUCUGGGGAACAGGUGGAAUUGGUAAAACGACAAUAGCAAAAGCCAUCUUUCAUACUCUAUCUUAUCAAUUUAAAGCUGCUUGUUUUCUCGAGGAUGUUAAAGAAAAUGCCAAAAAGAAUCAACUGCAUUAUUUACAAAAUACUCUUCUCUCUGAACUGUUAGUAGAGACUGAUGAUUAUGUCAAUAAUAAGAAAGAGGGGAAGUGCAUGAUUCCGAGCAGACUUUCUUCUAUGAAGGUGCUAAUUGUGCUUGAUGACAUUGAUGAAAGAGAUCAUUUGGAGUAUUUAGCAGGUGAUGUUGGUUGGUUUGGUAGUGGCAGCAGAGUUGUUGUAACAACUAGAAAUAGAGCUUUGAUAAAGAAUGCUGAUGCAAUAUAUGAAGUGCCUACACUACCUGAUCUUGAAGCUUUGCAACUGUUCAAUCAGUAUGCUUUCAAAAAAGAAGUUCCAGAUGAGCGUUUUAAGAAAUUCUCGUUGGAGGUAGUAGAUCAUGCUAAAGGCCUUCCUUUAGCCCUCAAGGUGUGGGGUUCUUUGUUGCAUAGGAAAGACCUAAGUCAGUGGAGAAGAAUUAUAGACUAUAUAGAGAAAAACUAUAGUUCAGGGAUUGUUCAAAAACUCAAAAUUAGUUAUGAUGGGUUGGAUCAUGAACAACAGAUAUUUCUAGAUAUAGCUUGUUUUUUCCGAGGAGAUGAAAAAAAGAAAGUCAUGCAAAUCCUUGAGAGCUGUGAUUUUGGAGCUGAUGGAUUGGAUGUCCUAAUUGACAAAUCUCUUGUGUUCUUAACUGAAGAUGAUACAAUUGAAAUGCAUGACUUAAUACAAGAUAUGGGUAAAUAUAUAGUGAAAAUUCAAAAGGAUGCAGGCGAAUGUAGCAGAAUAUGGGACUAUGAAGAUUUUGAAGAAGUGAUGGUCAACAAUAAAGGAACCGAGGCAAUGGAAGCAAUCUGGUUUCAUUACGAUGGGGAAAUAUGCUUUAGGAAAGAGGCCAUGAAAAAUAUGGAAAUACUUAGGAUAUUAUACAUAUGGUCCCAAGAUUACUCCCCUUGCGAUGAUGGCUCCAUUGAGUACCUGCCCAACAGCUUGCGUUGGUUUGUCUGGAAUCACUUUCCUUGCGAGUCAUUGCCAGAAAAUUUUGAACCCAAAAGGCUUGUUCAUCUUCAACUCCGCUUCAGUUCACUGCGUUAUUUAUGGACGGGAAUAAAGCGUUUUCCGUAUCUACGGACGCUAGAUCUCAGCCGCUCUAGAGACCUGGCGCAAACACCAGAUUUCACGGAGAUGUCAAAUUUGGAGAAUUUGGAUUUGGGCAAUUGUAUUAAUCUUGAAGAGGUUCACCAAUCCCUGGGAUGUCGCACAAAACUCAAGAGGUUGAAUUUGAUAUAUUGUAGACGCCUCAAGUGGUUUCCAUAUGUUAACGUGGAAUCUCUUGAAUAUCUGGAUCUAAAGUUCUGCUCCCGUUUGGAGAAAUUUCCAGAGAUCUGCGGAAGACCGAGGCCGAACUUAAAUAUUAAGAUGUGUGACUCUGAGAUAAGGGAACUGCCAUCAUAUAUUGUUCAGUGCCUAACUCUGAGACAUUUGGAUAAUCUUGAAGCUCUUCCGAGAAGCAUUGGCAUGUUGACAGGCUUGGUUACUCUAGAUGUGUCGAAUUGCUAUAAACUUGAAAGCUUGCCAGAAGAUCUAGGAGAUUUAGUAAACUUGGAGAAGCUUGAUGCCACAGGGACUCUAAUUUCACGACCUCCGUCUUCCAUCUUCCGCUUGAACAAGCUUACAUUCAUGAGUUUUGCGAAACAAAGAUAUAACAUAAGCCUCAAAGAGGGAGUGUACUUUGAGUUCCCUCAAGUGAAUGAAGGGUUACACUCAUUGGAAGAUCUGGAUCUCUGUUACUGCAAUUUAAAAGAUGGAGGACUUCCGGAAGACAUUGGAUCCUUAUACUCUUUGGAACACUUGAAUCUCCAGGGAAAUAAUUUUGAUCAUUUACCUCAAAGCAUAGCCCAACUUGGUGCUCUUCGAUCCUUGAACUUAUCAAAUUGCAAGAGGCUUACACAGCUGCCAGACUUCAUGGGGAUGCCAAACUUGAUGACGCUGAAUCUCAGUAUAAUUAACAUUGAGCGUUUGCCUCGAAGCAUAGAACAACUUAGUGCUCUUCGAUCCUUGGACUUGUCAUAUUGUGAGAGGCUUAAAGAGUUGCCAAUCUUCAUGGGAAUGCAAAACUUGGAGACUUUGAAUUUGUCAAAUUGUAUAAAUCUUGAAGAGGUUCAUCGUUCCCUGGGACUUCUCAAAAAGCUCUGUACAUUAAAAAUGACUAAUUGUAAACAGCUUAAGAGGUUUCCAGCUCUGUGCAUUGAUUCUCUUGAUUAUCUGUGUCUACGGGAUUGCUCUAGUUUAGAAAAAAUUCCAGAAAUCCUCGGAAACAUGAAAGCUGAGUUAGAGAUUCACAUGCUCGACAGUGUAAUAAGGGAUCUAGGUUUUAGAGGUUUUGAAAACCUUGCAACACUUCCGAGCAGCAUUUGUAAGUUGAAAAGUUUGGUCAGCCUAAAUGUGUCGGAUUGCUCUAAGCUUAAAAGCUUUCCAGAAGAAAUAGGAGAUUUAGAAAACUUGGAAAAUCUUGAUGCUAGAGGUACUCUAAUUUCACAACCUCCAUCUUCCAUUGUCCAGUUGAAGAAGCUUAAAUUUUUGAGUUUUGCAAAACAAAAUUCUGGAGGAGGUCUCGUAGAUGGAGUGUACUUUAGUUUCCCUGUGGUGUCUGAUGGAUUACGCUUGUUGGAGAAUCUGAAUCUCAGUUACUGCAAUGUAAUAGAUGUAGGUCUUCCGGAAGACAUUGGAUUCUUAUCCUCUCUGAAUGAGUUAUAUCUCUCUGGAAAUAAUUUUGAGCAUUUGCCUCAAAGCAUAGCCCAACUUGGUGCUCUUCGGUCUUUGGACCUAUCAGAUUGCAAGAGGCUUAAAGAGUUGCCAGGUUUCGAAGGGAUGCAAAACUUGGCGACUUUGAAUCUGUCAAAUUGUAUGAAUCUUGAAGAGGUUCAUCAUUCCCUGAAAUGUCUUGAAAAUCUCUGUACAUUAAAGUUGACUAAUUGUAAAAGGCUCAAGAGGUUUCCAGUUCUGUGCAUUAAUUCCCUUGAAUAUCUGAAUCUAGAGGGGUGCUCUAGUUUAGAAAUGUUUCCAGAAAUCCUCGGAAGCAUGGAUUUGAAGUUAAAGAGUGGGUUAAAGUGCCUAGACUUGAGAGGUUUAGAAAACCUUGUAACACUUCCGAGCAGUAUUUGUAAGUUGAAAAAUUUGGUGGAGCUAAAUGUGUCGGCAUGCUCAAAACUUGAAAGCUUACCAGAAGAGAUAGGUGAUUUAGAGAACUUGGAGUGGCUUGAUGCCAAAAAUACUCUAAUUUUGCAACCUCCGCCUUCCAUUGUUUGUUUGAACAAGCUUCAUUUCUUGCGGUUCGCAAAACAAAAAUCAGAAGUAGGCCUCAAAGCUGGAGUGUUCUUUGUUUUCCCUGCGGUGUCUGAUGGAUUACGCUUGUUGGAGAAUCUGAAUCUCAGUUACUGCAAUGUAAUAGAUGUAGGUCUUCCGGAAGACAUUGGAUUCUUAUCCUCUCUGAACGAGUUAUAUCUCUCUGGAAAUAAUUUUGAGCAUUUGCCUCGAAGCAUAGCCCAACUUGGUGCUCUUCGGUCUUUGGACCUAUCAGAUUGCAAGAGGCUUAAAGAGUUGCCAGGUUUCGAAGGGAUGCAAAACUUGGCGACUUUGAAUCUGUCAAAUUGUAUAAUUCUUGAAGAGGUUCAUCAUUCCCUGGGACGUCUCAAAAAGCUCUGUACAUUAAAGUUGACUAAUUGUAAAAAGCUCAAGAGGCUUCCAGUUCUGUGCAUCGAUUCCCUUGAAUAUCUGAAUCUAGAGGGGUGCUCUAGUUUAGAAAAUUUUCCGGAAAUCCUUGGAAGCAUGAAUGUGAAGUCGGAUAUUCACAUGUUAGAUAGUGUGAUGAGGGAUCUAAAUUCCAUGUAUAUCUCACUUCCACGUUCCUUGUCUCAGGAUAUCGUUUCCUUGCCGAAUGACAUCUCUGCUUCAGAUUCCUUGUCACAAAGAGUGUUUACCAUUGUGCAUGAUGAGAAUAAGAUCCCAAGUUGGUUCCACCAUCAAGGAAAGGAUGAAAGUGUAUCGAUCAAUUUGCCUGAAAAUUGGUAUGUAUUGGAUAACUUCUUGGGAUUAGUUGUAUGUUACUCUGGCAACCUAGUUGACACCACAGUUGACUUGAUUCCCUUAUGUGAUGAUGGGAACCAGAAACUAGAAUUAUCCUUCCUUCCAAAUUAUGAUACAGAAUUAUCCGACGAUUCAGAAUGUGAUACUGAACCUACGAUUCAUUUUUUCUUGGUAUCUCUUGCUGGCUUAUGGGAAACAUCUAAGGCAAAUGGAAAAACACCAAAUGACUAUGGGCUUAUUACAUUAUCGUUCUCCGGAGAAACGAAGGAGUUUGGAUUCCGUUUGUUGUAUAAAGAUGAACCAACAGAACAUUGCAUUGGGACACCAUGAUGAAGCCAAUUGUUCCUCUUCUAAGAAACAAAGCUCUUAUUUAUAAUAUUCAUUGGAGGAGCUGUCUUUGAGAAUCUGCAGCAACAACCAGUCUCUUCAGAAACUUUGCAGCUCUCUCCCCCCAAGCCCAGAAUUUUGGCUUAAAUAUAGGAGCUCAUCAAUGGUGAUGUAUGUAUCAACAGUGAGUUUUGUUGAUUGAUUCUCCAUCUUGUGUUAAGCCAUGAUUAACCAUGUAAAUUUUAGUGGGGUUUUCAGGCCUGUGCAGCUGCUGAGGAGUUUAUGCGGCAGUUGCCACAGUUAACUAAGCAGGAGCAAGAGACUAAACUCUGAAGAUGUUGAUGAAGAGUGUUUAUCAUCGAGCAUCCUGAGAAGAAGAUCCCAAGUUGGUUCCACCAUCAGGGAAUGGAUAGCUUCUUGGGAUUUGCUGUAUGUUACAGUGCUUUGUCAAGUUUGAAAACAUGGUUUUGAAAUUCAGUGUUUGCAAAGCCUUGAGGCCGCUUGACAUAUACGUCCUCCUUUAGAAUCCAUUCAGGAAGGCACUGUGCACAUCCAUUUGAUGGAGUGUGAAUUCCAUAUAGGCAGCAACUGAUGCCUUGUUACAAAUGAGAGAAAAUAAUGAUGAACCAACAGAGCAUCUCGUUAUGACGGGUACGAGAAGAUACGGAAAUUGUGAACACCAUUACUCCGUGACCAAUGAAGCCAGUUAAAAUGUCAAAUACUCAAUAACAUUAGAAACAAAGGCCAUAUUUCUUAAAUAUAGGAGUUCAUCAAUGGUUGAUUUACAUAUAAUCAGUAAAUUUUAUCAAUUGAUUCUUCAUCGUAUAUCCGCUUGUGUGAGCCAUGAUUAACCCAGAUGAAUACUUCAAUUGCUAUUUCCUUUGUACAAAUUGGUUAAUUGGAGUCUUUCGUAUGGACAUGUAGCUAGAAUAUUUGGCUUUGCUGUGUAAUAUUUGAGCUACAAUCAUAGUUGGCAAAAAAUGCAUAGGUCUCAACUUAAUCUGUAUCCAGAUUCCUCAAGUAAGGGAACAUUCUCCUCGAUCUAAUAAUCUCCAUUACCCCAAGUAGAGCUUCAAUCCAAGACUCAAAUAAUAGUUAUGAAACUUGUUUAAACCAUUUCAAUAUAAUUUUCAUUUUGGAAAAACCAGAAGUUCCUUGUACGUUACGCGUCAGUUUAACCCUUCUGCAUCAAAUGUUUUCAUGUCGAAAGGUAAUGAUCAUUCUCUAACUUUUGCAAUACACUUCCGCAGGAGCCAUUUUCAUCUUUGUACCAAGUAAAAGGGAGGUUCAAUCAAAGAUGCAGCACAAUGUGAGACGGUGGAGCAAGAGAUGCAGGUGAGUGCAAAGUGGGACCAUAAUUGCUUUGAGAACAACACCGGUAACACUGCCUAUGAAGGGGCACAUAUUUCCUCUGUUUGUUACAGAACAACUAGUGUCUUGGAUUACUUAGAGAACAACACCGGUGACACGGCCUAUGAAGAGCACAUGCUUCCUCUGUUUGUAACAGAACAACUAGUGUCUGGGCCUGAGAAAGAGAUUCACGAAAUCUUGAUAGCCUGGUAUUAUUAUUAAAGGUGAAUGUGUGAGAAGCAAGAAAACUUCACCAAAACGGGUGGGAGAAAGAAGCCAUGGAACUAUCAGUAAGUCGCCUCACAUCACAAAGCAAACGGAGCAAAGGGAAACUAUUUCCAGGAAUCGAAUGUAGCUUGGUGGUUGAGCAACUAUUCUUCCUUUGGAUGCAGAGCUCAAAUACUUUGACACUAUCAAGCAAGCGUAGAGUUUAUUGACAUCGAUCCACUAUCAAAUCAAAUCUACAUGUGGUAGAAAUAGUUGGUGGAUAGGAACUAAACACUGAAACUGGUCAAUCCAAUCCAGUGUCAAGGGAACAACCAAAAAAUAAAAUAAAAGUACUGGAGGUAUAUUUUUUGCAAUCUCCACAACCAUAAGGGUUUUCACGGCAAGUUUUCGACCAAACUCCAGAUUGCAUUACCAAUGCAUUGGGCUGACAAAGCAGGCACUGUUUACCCGCGUUUAAAGCACCUUUGUAAUAGUCAGCGUAGUUUUUCCACCCUUCUGGGGCUGUAAAUAAUCCUCCUAGUGCUCAUGCUGCUUAUUUUACCCCCACUGCUUUAUCUAAUGCUACUAUGCAAUAAAAAAUGUUCAACCCUGCUAUGUAGCCACUCCGUGUAAUAGCUAGUAGGUUAAAUAUAUCAUCUUUUCUACCCAAAAAAAAACAGUUGUCAAACAAGAAGAACACGAGUGAAGUCUAGCUGAGCUGUUGGUGACAAAGAAAUUACCCUUCUUUCUCUUUGCUUCUUCAUCAGCUUGUACUUUUUGUUGUACAUUGUGUACAAUUUUCUGUAGAGUAUGGAGCCACUUUAGGGUAGGUAGGUCUAAUUCUAUCACAGAAAUUUCCUACUACUUACCGCUUUA